GAUGUAUCCCACCUUAUGGGUAAUAAGCUACUCUGUGACCAUAUGACAGAAAUUUCCAGUGUGCUCACUAGGGAUGCUUUGUUGAAACUUUCUCUCCUUGCUCAGCACUUUGACUCAAAUAACCCUGUUUCUAAAAAACUUCGUCGGUUUAUCGCGGAGCCCCAGGCCAUGUUUCAUCAGGUUUGCAAGUUUAUUUGGAGUCAGUAUAACGCUCAAUCGAAUGAUUGGGUGCCACUCGAAGAUUUUGAGCAAGAAAUGCUGCAGUUGUUGACAUUUCUUGAAACUGCUUUUACAACCAGAUGGAACCUAAUCUUCGUUGAGGCGGGGUAUUCGGCUAGUUACACCGACUAG